GGGAGCUCCAUCCCUAAAAAAAAACAAAAGCCUUCGCUUCGCUUCACCACUCUAUCGCUCCACGGCCGGCCACAGCUAGCUGCGUGCUGUCCUGGGGGAGCAGCAGCAGCUUCGGCGGGAGGGGAAAGGAGCUACGAUGGAGAGGUUGGGCGUCGGCGUCGGCGUCGGCGAGCUGCCGCCGGGGUUCCGCUUCCACCCGACGGACGAGGAGCUGAUCACCUACUACCUCCUCUGCAAGGCCGUGGACGGCGGCUUCUGCGGCGGCCGCGCCAUCGCGGAGAUCGACCUGAACAAGUGCGAGCCAUGGGAGCUCCCGGACAAGGCGAAGAUGGGGGAGAAGGAGUGGUACUUCUACUGCCUCCGCGACCGCAAGUACCCGACGGGCCUGCGCACCAACCGCGCCACGGCGGCCGGCUACUGGAAGGCCACCGGCAAGGACCGCGAGGUCCGCAGCGGCCGCAGCGGCGCGCUGGUGGGCAUGAAGAAGACGCUCGUCUUCUACCGGGGCCGCGCCCCCAGGGGCCAGAAGACGCGCUGGGUCAUGCACGAGUACCGCCUCGACGGCACCUACGCCUACCAUUUCCUUCCCGGCUCUACGAGGGACGAGUGGGUGAUCGCGAGGGUGUUCCAGAAGCCAGGCGAGGUCCCAUGCGGCCGCAAGCACCGCCUGGGCGGCCCCAGCGCCGCCGCCGGCGAGUCCUGCUUCUCGGACUCCACCACCUCGGCCUCCAUCGGCGGCGGCGGCGGAGGAGGAGCGUCCGCGUCGUCUCGCCCGCUGCUCACCGUCACGGACACUUCCUCGCCGUCGCUGUUCGUGGCCAACGCGAACGCCGCCGCCAGCAACAACAACGGCAACCCGGUCACCGGGCGAGAGCUCGUGCCCUGCUUCUCCACUACCGCCAGUCCCCUGGAAGCCGCGGCGCUCGGCGUCGUCGGGCACCCGUACAACGCGGCCCCGCUGCGUCUGGGCUUGGACUUCGAGGCGCCGUCCCCGGGCUUCGUCGUCCCGAACCUGCGUUCCCUGCAAGUGCAGGACGACGGCGGCCUGCCGCUGUUCCUCUCGGCAGCAGCAGGCGGCGGCAUGUCGUCCGCGACGCUGGGAAUAAUGGGGUCGCUGGGCGGGUCUCUCCACUGCCCGCCCCACGCCGGCAUGGAUGUCGUCAAGGUCGAGGGCCGCGCCGCGCCGCCGCAGAUGGCUGUCGGCCCCGGCCUCCUCGAUGGCGCCUUCGCCUGGGGCUUCUAGUGCUCACUGCUCAGGCGCUGCACGCCGCCGUGGCAUAUGGGCAUGCAUGCAUCACCAGCAAACCGAUGGAUAUAUAUAUGCCUCUCCACAUGCAUGUGGUAGUUCGUGGUUUCUCUGCAUGCGUUGUACGUUAAGCUUCGUUAGUAAGUGGAAGUGGCAGAGAGUCGUCGUUUAUGUACGCUAUUAAGCUUGAUUAGUAUCAGGAUGUGGCUGACCGACCCUCCAUGCAUGGGCACUCCAAACUGUAGCCUUCCAGCAGCUUUGUUCGUGGAUUA